CUAUGGCGGCCACUAAUACUUUGGAUUCUUCCUUGUUCAUUCUCAGUCAUUUCUUUGUUCCCGACUUUAAUAUCAUUGACAUGACGGAGCAAAGUGACUUCAACUUACUUGACCCUUCACAGCCUCCUAGUCUCCUGCAUCUCUGAUUUCUCUAUAUCUUCCAUUUCACUCUUUACAUAAUUACAUAAACCAAAAAUCUUUUGCACCAUUCUCAUCCUUUCCUGCAAGAAACAUUAGCCUGAGCUCUAAGCAAUGGAGGGGAAUUCUGGCACAUCAAAUGGAAAAGAAGGCGGUGAUGAGGUCUUUACGAUCAGCCUAAGGCCUUUGGGCCUUUCUGACAUUGAUGAUUUCAUGGUUUGGAGUACAGAUGAGAAAGUGACUCGUUUCUGCACUUGGGGGCCUUUCGGUAACAAAGAAGAGGGGCUCAAGUACAUCAGGGAUAAGAUCCUACCACAUCCCUGGCUCAGGGCAAUUUGCCUUGAUGGCAGACCUGUUGGUACCAUUUCAGUGACCCCGAAUUCGGGUAAUCAUCGGUGUAGAGCCGAAAUCGGCUAUGUCUUGGGGUCCAAGUACUGGGGCAAAGGGAUUGUUACAAGGGCAGUGAAGAUGGUAGUUGAUACUAUUUUCAAGGAGUGGACACAUUUGGAGAGACUGGAAGCUUUUGUUGAUGUGGAGAAUGUGGGAUCACAGAGGGUUAUGGAGAAGGUUGGGUUUCAAAGGGAAGGUGUUUUGAGGAAACAUUAUAUUGUGAAAGGUAGAACUAUAGAUGAGGUGAUUUACAGUAUUCUAUCAACUGAAUGUAAAAACUGAUAUAUGCAGCAUCCAAUGCUCUGUUCUGGUAUGCAUCAAAAAUUGAUGAAUGGAGUUGAAUUCUUUGUUCUUCUUGUAAUCUAUUGUAAUUUUUUUGUUCAUUAUGAGUCUUAUGUUCAGAACUCAUGUUAUCAAUUA